UCCAGACCGAGAGCUGGCCACACUGACCGUAGCCAGUCAUCAUAAAUACGAACAGAUUGGAAAAGUUACAAGAAUUGCGUAUUAGCUGUAAUAUUACGAUAUCUUAGAUUGAGAGAGAUUUGCAAGCGCCACCCACUAAGCUGCAACAUGUCCUACGCAUACUUGUUCAAAUACAUCAUCAUCGGCGACACAGGCGUGGGAAAAUCGUGUCUGCUGCUGCAGUUCACGGACAAGCGCUUCCAGCCAGUGCACGAUCUGACCAUCGGCGUGGAGUUUGGAGCACGCAUGAUCACCAUCGACGGCAAACAGAUCAAGCUUCAGAUCUGGGACACGGCUGGCCAGGAGGCCUUCAGAUCCAUCACACGCUCCUACUAUCGGGGGGCAGCCGGGGCGCUGCUAGUAUACGACAUCACGCGGCGGGAGACCUUCAACCACCUGACCACCUGGCUGGAGGAUGCACGCCAGCAUUCCAACUCCAAUAUGGUGAUCAUGCUGAUCGGCAACAAGAGCGAUCUGGACUCGAGGCGCGAGGUAAAGAAGGAGGAGGGCGAGGCUUUCGCCCGCGAGCAUGGACUGGUCUUCAUGGAGACGUCGGCGCGCACGGCGGCCAACGUGGAGGAGGCGUUCAUCAACACCGCCAAAGAGAUUUACGAGAAGAUCCAGGAAGGAGUCUUCGACAUCAACAAUGAGGCAAACGGCAUUAAGAUUGGCCAGCAGCACUCGCCCACAAAUCCAUCGUUGCCAGGCGCCGGAGGAGCCGCCGGGGCAGCCAACAGUGGCUGCUGCUAGGAGUAAGCUACAGAUGCCCGACUGCAGCUUUGGGAUAGACGUAGCCGCUUCUGUAAAAGCUCCUUUAUAGUGACUAACUAAUAGAAGGUGACCGACCGAUUUCUCGUUUUUGAUUUCGAUUUCAACAAUAACUAAUCACGUAAACAUAGCAACUUACCAGUAAACUAGCAAGCGAACACUAAGCGUAAUGUUAAAUCCAUAAAGAACCGGCGGCAACUGCAACAAACUGUAUUCAGAAACUGAAGCGAUCGAACCCGAGAAAUAAACCCAAGACCUACAACAUUUGUGUACUAUAUGUGAAUGUGUUGUGCGUGAUUUCUAAAUUUUACAAACCCUAUCGAGUCAUAUAUAACAGUUUUAUGUAUGUAUUUUGUGUAUAUUGAAAUUAGUUUGCUAGUUACUUUGUGCAAAGACCGUUGGUUACAUGUACACUGGGAUCUUGACAAAAUGAUGUGUAAUAUAUAAACAAUACUUGAAAUAUGUGAAUUUUCAUUGUGAUUUGUUUUCAAUGCUGCUUACGUUGGGUAUCUGCUCCUGCUUCUUUAUAUUUAUACAUAACAAGUAUGCAUAAUUUUACGUUUUCCCUUUCUCAACGCAUUUUUGCCCCCCCGUCUUUAAUAUAGAAAUAAAUGGGAUUACAUAAUUUACACAUUCGAAAUGCAUCAACAGAGGAUACAUACACGUAAAUGCUGCGAUUCAAUGAUCAAUUUAGUAUUUUACAAAGUUUAUAUAUUAAAUUAAAUUAACACGAAAGCUAAGACAAAACGAAAGAUACAACUGUAAACGCAAAUCAAAUUAUUUAUAAUAUUUGUAUUUGCUAAAACACAAUGCAGAAUAAUAAAUAAACAUACAAUAUACAUACAUAUAUUACAAAGGAAA